AUUAUCAGUUAAUCGGAAAUAGUUUAAACUUAAAGUUCUGUUAGCAGUUACAAUAAAACAAUGAAUCAGUUUUCAGUCUUAAUGAGUUUAAUAGCGGCAAUUGCUUUUGCCUCGGGUACGGAUUAUUGCUCGGAUUCACUUUGCAGUGCUGGAGUCAGUCAUAUAGCUUGUGGUAAUAGUGGUAAAUUUGCUAAUACAUGUCCCGCUGAUGCUGCCUUAGUCGAUAUUGAUGAGAAUUUGAAGAAUGUUAUUGUUUCAACCCACAAUGAGAAACGUAAUUUCAUUGCUGGUGGUGGUGAAACCAAACUAAGACCUGCCUGUCGUAUGGCCACCAUGGAAUGGGAUGAUGAAUUGGCUGAUAUUGCUGCUUUAAAUGUUCAACAAUGUGCUAUGGCUCACGAUAAAUGUCGCAACACUGAUGCCUUCCAUUAUUCUGGACAAAAUUUAGCUUGGAUGGGUUUCUUUGGUCAAGCAGAUGAUGCUUCCAUGUUAAAACAGGCAGUUAAUAUGUGGUAUGGUGAAGUUGCUGACAGUAAAAUGGAAUAUAUAAAUUCGUAUCCCAAUAACUAUAAAGGACCAACUAUUGGUCAUUUUACAGUUAUGGUAGCUGAUCGUAAUAUUCGUGUGGGUUGUGCUGCUUCCACUUACUCUGUAACUGAUCAACCUUAUAAGGCUUAUUUGGUGGCCUGUAACUAUGCCACAACUAAUAUGAUUAAUUUCCCCAUUUAUACCAGUUGCGAUAAGGCAGCUUCUUCUUGUACCACCGGUGUUAAUGAGGAUUAUCCCAAUUUGUGUUCUCCUUCGGAAGUUUAUAAGGUUAACAAAUGGUUUUAAUGGAUUUUUUUAAGUAGAAUUAAAAUUUAACACAAAACAUUAAAGCAAAUCAAUUGAAAAGGUAAAA